AAUCCGUCAAAAUGCACUUAAAACUGCCAAAUCUGGCAACACUGGAAGACACGCAGUUCUGUUGUUGUUGAUAUUCGCCAUUUUGGAAGCGCAAAAUACCAGGAUGCAAGUUAUGCAAUGCCCGUAUGUAAUCAACUCUCCUCACGCGUAGCGAGUCUACCCUGUACUGUGCUUGCAGUUGGGUUAUUUUGCGUGCCCUCAGCUCGGACUUCAGGGGAUAACUUUGCUCAAAAGAGCUGUGCUUCGUUUCGUAGUGGCGCUUCACGUUGCCGCUUUUAAUUAAUGCCACGUUUUCGGAGCAUAUGAGGCACACUGGUUUUGAACUGCUUGCCGGAAGAAUGAACAUCCGUCCAUUCAUCUUCAAAACAACGAUUUUCCUUGUCUACUUUCCGCCGCCUUUUGGAGCAAGCCAUGUUGUCUCGACAAACAAAGGAUGGACAUGAAGGAUAUGUCAGUCCCAAGAUUCAUUCUUCUAAGCCAGAAAUUGGACCACAGCUGGAUUCUGAGGAGCACGGUAGAUGUGAGGCAAAGAUUCAUACAAGCCCAAUGCCUCUGAAGCUGAAGAUCAGACAGGAUGCAAGAAAGAAGCUUGUUCAUGACAUGUGCAGCAAUAACGAUGUGGCCAAUACCUUGGACAUCGGUCGCAAAUGGCAGACGUUUGACCAAAUUCCCCAAUCGGAGUUGAACAACCUGCUUGUCGAUGACCGGCAUGGAAUAAUCUAUUGCUAUGUUCCAAAAGUUGGCUGUACUGCAUGGAAACGGAUCAUGAUCGUUCUGAGCGAGAGCCUGAAGGUGCAUGGUGUACCUUACAGGGACCCUGCAGACAUCCCCAUCGAACAAGUUCAUGGAUCCUCUGUACAGCACCUUAACGCAUACCCAAAGGCAGUGAUGAAACAAAAACUUGAGACAUACAAAAAGUUCAUGUUUGUCAGAGAUCCAUUUGUGAGGCUGAUUUCAGCCUACAGAGAUAAGAUGCAAACAACAGAUAAUAUAUUCUAUAAAAGAAUUAGUCUGGACAUAGUAAAGAAAUUUGGAAAUAUCUCUAUUCCACCAGCAUCAAUCAAGAAAGCACACGCUGAUGGCAUUGUUCCUUCUUUCUACCACUUCAUCCAAUAUAUACUGAGCCUCGCAAAAAGCAGUUACAGAAAGUUUGACGAACACUGGCGACAAGUAAUUCACUUGUGUCAUCCCUGCCUGAUUGAUUAUGACUUUAUUGGGAAGAUGGAAACUAUUGAUGAAGAUGCUGCUCAACUGCUACGAAUAUUCCAUGUUGAUAACAUUGUUGACCUUCGACCACUGAAGAGCACAAAAACAGAGCAAAGCUGGACAAAGACCUGGUUUGCCAACAUCCCCAUGGAAUGGAGGAGGAAACUCUACAAAGUUUAUGAGGCAGACUUCAGACUCUUUGGAUAUAAAUAUGAUGAUCUAGACAAUUUUGAUCCUGAAAACAUCAUCUGAAUUGUUUGUUGUGUUCUGUUAAAUUGGAGUGGAAUCUCGUAUUAGGACUUGACAUUGGUAGUUUAGUCUCCUUGAUUGAUUUGAAUGGCAUGGGUGUUCUGGUAACAGAAAAUAUUAUUCCUUGUUCUUACGUGACAAUUGACCUGUUUGAGUUCAGUGCCACUUUUGCACGUUGUAACAAUUAAAGAUCUCGUAGUUACAGGAUACAAAUGAAGAUUUUGAUAUUUUUAAUUUGUAAAUGACACUGGCUGCUUCAUUACAGGGAUUAUCUAACCUUCAUAAUAAGCCAACAGGUAGAAAAUUAUUAUUGCUGGGUUUGGUUCAGUAAAGUCCAGAAAUGCUGCCACAAACAAUUUCCUGUUAUCCUUAACUUUUGUACCUGAUACUAUUUUGUCAAGCUGGGAUGUAUGACUAAUUUUUUUGUGGACUAUAUUUACAGUAUGCCUGACCAGAAUAUUCAUUAGGAGAACAACUUUAAUAUUCACUGACCUCUUUCUUUCUCAUGUUCCUUUCUGAAAAGAUCUUGUUAUUUGCAGAUUUUU